UACGGUUUAGAAAAUUCAAAAUUUAAAAAUAAAAGAAAAAUGGAAGGACAUCUAAUAAAAUAAUUGCGCAUGCUCAGUAAUUUUCUUUCGUGUCGCAUAGUGGUGUUUUGACAUACAGGGUCAAAAUGAAGCUAAAUAAAUUAGUAACUUCGUCAAGAAGCAAAAACAGAAAAAGGCAUUUUACAGCACCAUCACACAUUCGCAGGAAGUUGAUGUCCUCACCCUUAUCGAAGGAACUCCGACAGAAGUACAACGUUCGUUCUAUGCCCAUUCGAAAAGAUGACGAAGUACAGGUUGUGAGAGGACAUUACAAAGGACAGCAAGUAGGAAAAGUUGUUCAAGUGUAUCGAAAAAAGUUUGUAAUUUACAUUGAAAGAAUUCAACGAGAAAAAGCGAAUGGUGCCAGUGUAUAUGUCGGAAUUCACCCUUCAAAAGUGGUGAUAGUAAAACUCAAAAUGGACAAAGACAGAAAGAAAAUAAUAGACAGAAGGGCCAAGGGACGUUUGGCAGCUCUUGGAAAAGAUAAGGGCAAAUACACAGAGGAGUCUGCAGCUGCAGCUGUGGAAACAUCAUAAAAUGUGUGAAAGUCCCACCCUUAAAUUGUAUUUAAGUAAUGCAAAAAUAAAAUAUUAUUGUUUAUUUCUUA